AUGUCCAACAAGGAAGAGAACGAGAGCGCUGAGGUCUACCAGACCGAGAGCCGAGUUGAUCAGCCUGUCGCGCCCGCGGCUGCGCCCAAGAAGAGAGGAUGUCUGGGCCAUUUGAAGCGCUUUUGGUGGGCAUAUCUGCUCGUCCUGAUAUGCAUAGUUGUCCUGGUGGUCUGCCUCGUCAUCUUCGUUGGAGUUCCCAAGAUCGCCCAGCAAAAGGUCAACGACGCCAAGCUGGAAAUCCAGGGCGUCAACGUCAUCAACACCAAGCCUGACAGCAUCACCCUGCAAAUCAACUCCACCAUCACCACCGAUGGCUCCAUCAAGGCCAACAUCGAUGGCUUUGACGGUGUCAUGUACCUCGAGGAUCUCCCUGGCCAGACUCCUUUCCUCAACAUCUCCUUCCCCAAGACCAACGGUGACAAGCACCAGCUCGUCAACAUCAGCCAGGAUAUUACCAUUGGAGACCACGACGCCUUCAACACCUUCAACAUUUGGUUCGCCGCCAACGAGACUCUCAACGUCACCGUGUACGGAAGGACCAAGGUCAAGCCGUCUGGCCUGUCCACCAAGUUCGGCGUCACUUUCAAGAAGACCAUCAACAUGAAGGGUCUGAAUCUAUUCAAUGGCACCACAGUCGAUGGCGGAAAGAUCAACAUCAGCCCCAAGAAGGGCCAGCCGAAUUUCAAGGCCACCGCUGAUAUCCCCAAUGCUUCUUAUUUCACUCUUGACAUUGGCAACGCCACGUUUACCAACUUUAUUGACAACACCAACAUUGGUAAUCUUACCAUCCCCAACCUUCUCCUUGUCCCUGGCAGCAACAAGGUUCCCAUCACCGCCAAUCUCGAUCAGAUUUCUGUUCUUCAGGCAGUUCAGAGUGCCAAGUACUGCAAAACUGGAAUCAUCCCCGUCAAGCUCCGAGGCUCCGCUGUUGUCAAGGAUGGCCAGACACUCCAGUACUUCCUCGACGGCCUGUCUGCCAACAACGAGACUGUCCCUAUGGACAUUGGCAGCAUCAUCAAGAACUCGCUCGGCACUACUAUCAGCUGCCCCAAGUCCAGCUAA